AUGGAUCUAACUCAACUCAGUCCUGCACAGAUUACUGUGUAUGGAUCUGCAUUCUGUGUCAUGCUUUCUAUGCAUUUCACUCUGCAAUUACUGUCUCAGCAUCUUUUCUAUUGGAAGAAUCCAAAAGAACAAAAGGCUAUUAUCAUUAUUAUCCUCAUGGCUCCUAUUUAUGCUAUUACAUCCUUUGUGGGUCUCUUGGAUAUUAGAGGAAGUAGAGAGUUUUUCACACUUUUGGAGUCUGUUAAAGAAUGCUAUGAAGCUCUUGUCAUUGCUAAGUUCUUGGCUUUGAUGUAUAGUUACUUGAAUAUAUCGAUUAGUAGGAAUAUUGUGCCCGAUGAAAUUAAAGGAAGGGAAAUUCAUCACUCCUUUCCUAUGACACUUUUUCAGCCUCAUUCGGUUCGGCUAAACCAUCAUAAUCUGAAGCUUCUGAAAUAUUGGACAUGGCAGUUUGUUUUUACCCGUCCGGUGUGUUCUAUUUUGAUGAUUACAUUUCAGCUACUUGGGAUCUAUCCGAAUUGGUUGAGCUGGAUCUUCACCAUCAUUCUCAAUAUUUCUGUUUCAUUGGCCUUGUAUUCUCUAGUGAUCUUUUACCAUCUGUUUGCUAAAGAACUGGAACCACACAAGCCUCUAGCGAAAUUCCUGUGCAUCAAAGGAAUCGUUUUCUUCUGCUUUUGGCAGGGAAUGGUGCUGGACGGUUUAGUAGCAGCUGGCGUGAUUCAAUCUCGUCAUUUGAAAUUAGACGUGGAGCACAUUGAGGAAGCAAUGCAGAAUAUUUUGGUUUGUAUUGAAAUGGUGGUCUUUUCUGUUCUUCAACAGUAUGCUUAUCAUGCUUCACCAUAUAGUGGGGAAGUUGAAAAAAUGCUUAAACAAAACAAGAAAGAUGAAUGA